UCAAAAUUCAUACGAAAACUGUGAAGGCGGAGAAUAGAAAGAAAAUUUCCAACAUAAAUUUUUAAUUUGCUUUUCAAGUAGAAAAUGUUUUCCAUAAAACCACCAAAAUAACAAAAAUAAACUCCAUAAUUUAAACUUCAAUUAAUUACCCAAACAUUGAAUUAUAUUUUAAACCAGAUUUUUCUCCAAGCCACAACAAUGGCAAACCAAGCCGAAAUCGAUUACGAAAAACAAUUCCAAGAAGAUCUAGCCAAAGCGACCGCUCUAAGUAUAGAAUCCCAAGCCCUCGAUGAUUUCCGACGUUCAAAAUCCCAAUAUUCAUACAUGUCUAGCCGUGGCUCGCCACCAAAUGCCGGCUAUCAUAAGAAACCAAAUGAAAAAGAUUAUUCUUCUAGUGUACAGUCGCGAUUGCGGCCGGGUUCGUUUAAUGUCCCAAAUAGUUCGUCAAUAGCUCCUCCACCGGCAGUGCCGUCACGCAGACACAGUGAAAUUCGUCUACCGGAGGAAACUCCAACGAAAGUUGCUGAAUCGGAUUUAAUAUCGUUUGUCAGUCCGACGUCGUUAAAAAAACCAGAGAAUACAACUUUUGAUAAGCUGCUAGAGGAUAUACAAAAGUUGAGUACGGCACCACCACCAGUUCCGGCCAUCAACACACAUCCCAACUUCGGAUCUUCGCCGGCAUUUUUAAAUCAACAGCUUAACCAAACGGGUAUGCAACUGGUUCCCUUCACUCCACAGCAACCAGCACAAAAGACGCCUCUGACAAACGAAGAGCUCUCAAAGUUGUACAGUAUGCCAACGCAGCAGGUGAUGCAUCCCCACGCGAUUGGCUAUAUGAGGCCAGUGGGGCAGUACACUCCGGUGUACCAACGGCCAGCGAUAACGGCAGCAGGUUAUGGCUACGGAAUAGCACCAGCUAACAGCUAUGGCUAUGGAAUGCAGAGGCCUGCAACUAUCACAACCCAACAGUCAUAUCCUCCGGUUCAGUUCCCCUCGAACUCCCAACACCAGCAUCAGCCUCAGCCUCCAAUAGCGGAGGUUCCCAUUCAAAGUGUAUCAAAUCCAAAUAGCGCUAUGGUUUUGCAGAAUCUGACCAACCCCAUGCUCCAAAUGACAAAGUCACAGUCGUUGUCUGGGGUUUCGACGCUUGGAAGUUCGCCUUCGAUGAGGAGCAAUUCGAGCAAUGGAAUCAAUCGCAAGGUCCGGAGAAAUCUCGGCGAUGAUUUAAUUGAUCUUACCCAAGAUGAUCCAUCACGAGUGAGUGUGCUGGAAGCUUUCGAUCCACUGCUUAACGAGGACGAUUAUGGGAGCGAUAAUGCAUCCGAUUGCACUUCCUACUACGCCGAAUACGAUCCAUUCGAUUAUUUGUAUAGUGGUGGAACUCAAUACUCAGAUCCAGUGUAUGAAGCCGUCAAUAAAUUGGAUCGCACGCCAGUUAGUCCAAAUGUUUCAUCAAUUGGUUGGCGUUCGGAGUAUACAAAAGAUGCAUAUCCAUCAACGUCGUCAGGUUUGAUAUCACCUCCACCACCAUUGCCUCCUAGGAAUAUUAGUAGCAGAGUCUCAGAAUCAGUAGAACAUUCCAUGGAAAAUGUGGUUCUGGAUAGGAGAAAAAACUUCACCAAGCUCUACGAAAUGGUCACAGAUUCCAGGGCACAUGAUCCGGAACUCUUGGAGUUCUUUUAUAUGGUGAAAGAUUUGCGUUCCAAAUAUCGUUAUGACGAUGUGAAGACAAACGUUGGACACAUUGUCGCUUCCGAAUUCAAUUUCUUCUAUCCCCUCGAGCAGAGCAUAAAGAUUUUGAUGUAUCCAGCACUUAACGGCUUGCAGAGAGACUGUGAAGCAAGUAAAAAGGGACCCAUCGAUGGGUAUGGGUCUCCUAUUGUUUUCACCAGUGAUAUUAAUUCGCCUGUGGAACUUGUGAUUGGACAUGCUUUUUGUGCCUUGGAGGGUCAGAUCCUGGGAACAGUGGAUGACUACGCCGCAAAGCCGAUUGGUGUCUCGGAAUGGCUAUCGCCGACUUCUAAGCUGAGUCAACUUCAAUGUGUGCAUGACAGCUUGAAGCUCGAAAAGGAUGUUCAUUUGGGUUUGUGCAUGAAAACAGAGACAACCAUGAGUGUUAUUGCUCGGACACAGAGAGACGAUCUAAGGGAUGACACACUGCGUCCUGAGGAGAUUCUUCCCAAUGAAACAGCCACAACCAUAUCCUAUGACAACAUGAUGAUUCUGAUAGAAACACUUGAAACUGAGAUCGAUAAGUUUGAAAUGAAUGCGGGAGAUUCAAGUUCAAGAUCGAUUUUGUCUUGUUCGGGAGUUGUUCAAGGGGUGAAGGCUAUUUGCGCUCUCUUAGGAUCAAUUGAUACUCUGGAAAUCGCUAGCAAUAUAAAUGAUCUGAAGAGGAUAUGUGAAGAUGGCCAAGUGACCUACUCCUCGUCGUAUGGUGUCAAUCCUGAAGUUGGUUCAGAUCAUGGCGACUAUGCUGAGGUUAUAAUGCGUCCAAAAUCAACAAUGGAACAGAUAAAGUCCAAGUGCAAUCAAAUACGCGAUGCCGUUCAGGAAUUAAUCGAAAACUAUUCAAAUGCAUUCCGUGUAGACUUUUGUGUUAAGUCUGUAGACUAUACAACAACUCCAAUACCAAUUUCUUGUGUUUUGAAGCCGGUAAUAGUGAACAUCAGUUGCUUACAUCGCCCACCGCCGAAUUGGAAGUUUGAAGAUUAUUCGAUGGGAGUGCAAAUCAAUUACGGAACUAGAUUUAUUUCUAAGACUUUGGUGAUCAAAUGCUCAAACGACACAAGUGGAGGUUUAUUUCCCAGGCUUAAGUUCGAAUCGUGGAUAACUUUUGAUAAUAUUCCGAUUUGUACUUUGCCGAGAGAAUCGAGGCUGAUUUUUGUGCUUUUUGGCACACAGACUGCGGAGAAUGAGCAAUCUAAUGAUCAGAAUGGAGAGAAGAAACAAAUUACGACGGAAUUGGGUUGGUGUGCUUUGCAGUUGUUCGACUACAAACGAGAGAUGGUUUGUGGCUCGUAUUUGCUUUCGAUUUGGCCUCCGACGACUGAUAAGUUCCUUGGUCCAGCACCUGCAAGGGGAUGUCAUCCCCAACCAGAUGUGUGUCCAGUAUUAAGUAUAGAAGUGCCUCCUUAUGGGGGACGAAUAGUCUUCCCAGAGCCUCUGGAAAAUCCACCACCUGCACCGAAAUACGACUUUAAUUCAUUGGAUUGUAACUUGCAGCAGGAACUUCUCGAUACAGCCGAGCAGGGCUAUGCUGAUGCUUUGGAACAGCGGGAGGUCUUUUGGGAGAAGCGACAUUAUUUGCAGAAAUUUCCCUAUGCUCUGCCUAAGGUUUUGCAUGCCGCCCAUAGUUGGGACUAUGCGAGUUUGAUUGAUCUGCAUUCAUUGCUUAGGUCGUGGUCGCAAUUGUCGCCACUUCAGGCUCUAGAAUUACUCCUGCCGCGUUAUCCGGAUGCACAAGUUCGGGCGAAAGCAGUUGAAUGGAUUUCCAGGCUGCCUAAUGACCAACUAGUUGAUUCUUUACCGCAGCUGUUGCAGGCCUUAAAACAUGACACUUAUGAAGCAUCGGCUAUGGCACGGUUCCUUCUAAGCAAAUGCCUUGAAUCUCCUCGGAUUGCGCAUCACAUGUAUUGGCUUCUGGUGCACAGCUUGCCAGGUGAUGCACCACAAAAUACCAUCGAUGCCUCGAGUUCAGAGUAUGAUGAAUCUCUUAUCACUCAAGCCCGUUACCAUCGAAGGAAUAAGAUGAUGCUAAGGGCAUUGUUGGCCAUAUGUGGAGAGAAACUAUUGUCAAGGUUCCUUAGUCAAAAUAUGAUGUGCAAGAAUCUGGCUGACAUUGCGCAUUCGGUCAAAGUCUCAAAAGAAUCGUUGCGACAGAAGGCCCUGUGUCAAGGCAUGGACAGUGUUCAUCAGGCUUUGAUUGAUAAACCAACAUCCCUGCCACUUGGACCGGGCUUGGAAGUAACUGGUGUUAAUGUGAGAGGUUGCAGUUACUUCAAUUCAAAUACAUUGCCUUUAAAGAUAUCGUACUAUGGACCUGAUCGACAGUUGCUUCCAGCUAUUUUUAAAUCCGGUGAUGAUCUUCAACAGGAUAUGUUAACUAUCCAAUUGGUUCGUGUGAUGAAUAAACUUUGGCUAGCCGAUGGACUUGACCUUAAAAUGGUCACUUUCGACUGUGUUCCAACUGGCUAUAAAAAGGGUAUGAUUGAACUGGUUUCCGAUGCAGAGACUUUACGCAAGAUACAAGUGGAAUAUGGAUUAACUGGUUCUUUCAAAGAUCGACCCAUUGCCGAAUGGUUGGCAAAGCAAAACCCCAGUCAGUUGGAAUACGCCAGAGCCGUGAAGAAUUUUACAGUUUCUUGUGCGGGCUACAGUGUUGCUACUUACGUUUUGGGCAUCUGUGAUCGACACAACGACAAUAUUAUGUUGAAAACUUCCGGACACUUAUUUCACAUUGAUUUUGGAAAGUUUCUGGGCGAUGCGCAGAUGUUUGGAAAUUUCAAAAGAGAUCGAACACCAUUUGUGCUUACUUCGGACAUGGCCUAUGUUAUCAAUGGCGGUGAUAAGCCUUCGACAGAUUUCCAUUACUUCGUAGAUCUCUGUUGUCAUGCAUUCAACAUAAUCCGUAAACAUGGUGAUCUCAUUUUGCACAUGCUUGCACUUAUGGCGACAGCUGGAAUUCCAGGAGUCACUGCAGAUGCAGUGUCUUAUGUAAAAAGGGCCUUAUUGCCAUCUCAAUCGAAUCCCGAAGCUGCUGCAUCGUUUGCUAAGAUGAUUCAAUUCUCUUUGAAAAGUUGGUUUACUCAGUUCAACUUUUUCCUGCACAAUUUAUCUCAGUUGAGGUUUUCCAAUGACGAAGGCAGUGGAGAGCUUUUAUCAUUUGUUCCAAGGAAAUAUGGAAUGCAACAAGACGGGCGGUUGAAAUCGGUGAUGGUAGUGCGUUGUCAAAAACACUACGAUAUGGAGAAAUAUUACACGUACAUCUUGAGGGUCACACGUCACAAUCAACCAGAUCCAACGCAUUUGUUCCGAUCGUACAAGGAGUUUUCUGAGUUUCAUCAGAAGUUGUGCCUGCAUUACCCACUUGCUAAGCUUCACAGUUUGCCAAGUGGUAUACACGUUGGCAGGUCCAAUGUAAAGUCUGUGGCUGAAAGACGUUUACCCGAGAUUCAACGGUUUCUGGUUUCACUUUUCAAUUCGGCAGAUGAGAUUGCUCAUUCAGAUUUGGUUUAUACAUUCUUCCAUCCUCUGUUGCGGGAUCAACAGGAAGCUAAUAUAGAGGUGUCUAAAGUAAAAGAAAUUAAACCAAUAAUUCAAAGGCAUUCGAGUAAUGAUGGAGCUAUAAAGAUAUCACUACAAUACCGUCGUGGAGCACUCACUGUUAUGAUACACCAUGCAAAAGGUCUUCCAACACUGCAGGGUGGAACAGAACCUAAUACCUAUGUCAAAUGCUAUUUAAAACCUGAUCAAACAAAAGUGACAAAAAGGAAAACGAAAGUUGUACGAAAAACAUGUGUUCCUAGUUUCAUGGAGACGUUGGAAUACCGAAUGCCCAUUGAGCAUAUACAAAAUCGUUUCCUAAAUGUCACAGUUUGGUCUCAUGACACUCUCCAAGAGAACGAACUACUUGGUGGAGUUCAAAUUGAUUUAAGUAAAUAUGAUUUGCGUCAGGAACUGAUAGACUGGUUUGCUUUGGGUCAUGUUCCUAGGUCAUGAGGUGUUUAAAUAAAAGUAAACAUAAUUCAGCACUAAAAUGAAACAAACAUUCCGAUAGCAUUAUUUACACACAAAUUUACCCUGUUCCUAGUGGCACAACAUAAGUUUAUAAAAACAAUAAAAAAACAAACUAACAGAGGAGGGGUUAAAGAAAAUUGAGCAACAAACAUUUAUAUUAUUGAUGAUUUCUUAUUUGUUUUAAUUUUUUUAUCUCUAUAUUAAAUCUAUUUAUUGAAUAUUUUUUAAAUUAUAUAAUUUUAUCAGUAUACCUAUUAUAGCGAGAAACUUAUUUUUGCUUUGCUUAGAAAUUGUAUAUAAAUAAAUAGGCAACUGUUGUACAAAAGAUAAAUAAUUAUAAAAACAAAAUAGAAAAAAAAUAUAUAUUUUCAAAAUAAUGAACAAAAAAAAAAACAAACAAAAUUAUACACAUUUAUGCCCAAAAUAAAUUUUUCAUCAUCAACGAUCUAUAUACGAGUAAUAUUAAUUAUUGACAUACUAAAUACAUUUAUAAAUAUUAUUAUUAUUAUUAUGCGAAACACUGCAAAAGCAUUCAUUGAUAUUUUAUGUUUAAUUAAAUUUUAAAAAGCAACAAAA